CUGGCGCGGGUUCCGGGCGGCCUGGUCGGGCCCGCGGACUUGGGGUACGGGAUGGGUCUCUUCUCGCCGUCGUUCGCCGACCUCGGGGCCCGCCGGGAACCCCCUUCUCCCGCACGCCCGGGCCCUCGGGAGCGCGUCGCCCGCGGGUCGGGCCUGGCGGUGCCUCCCGCAGUCCCCAGCGUCGCCUGCCGCGAGGGCAGCCCUGGACCGUGGCCUGGACAGAUCGGGCGAGGCCCCCGCGGGGCGCGCCCCGGGCACAGUGCUGCGGCCCCCAACCGCCGGCGCGCCCUGGGCGUCGGGCCGCCUUCCGGCCCCUCGCGGCCCCCGGGUGGGCCCUUUGCCGAAUGCCGCCCUCAGGAGGGAGUAAAGACAGAGAACGACCACAUCAAUCUGAAAGUGGCUGGGCAGGAUGGGUCAGUCGUCCAGUUCAAAAUCAAGAGGCACACUCCUUUGAGCAAGCUGAUGAAGGCGUACUGCGAGAGACAGGGCUUGUCAAUGAGACAGAUUAGAUUCAGGUUUGAUGGGCAACCAAUUAAUGAAACAGAUACCCCAGCACAGCUGGAGAUGGAGGACGAGGACACCAUUGAUGUGUUCCAGCAGCAGACGGGCGGAGAGGCCGGCGACGGGCUUCAGCAGCAGACGGGGGCAGCGCCUGGGGCCCUGGGCCUCUGGGGACGUGGCGUCUAGAAGCACCACCGCCACACGUGUCAUCUCUCCUUGCAUUUGCUCUAAGUAAACACGUGAACAUGCCAAUCACAAAGGAGUCUGCAGAAACUCAAGGACACUCACCAAAAUUAUUUUCCUCUCUCUCUGAUGCACUGUGAGUGCAACUCAAAACUCUAUCUGCAGGGAUUAAUCUACAUCUUAAAUUGGGCCAACAAGAAUUGUUAUCUUUGUUUAGGUAAAAUCAGUUGCCAGGUUUUUUGGGUUUUUGUUUUUAUUUUUUUCUCCUCUUAUACCAUUUUCCCCUCAAACUUGUUGACCUGAAUGUCCACUUUUAGUCUGUGGAUGGCGAUCUUAUGCCCAGGUGCUGCAGUGCCCCCCCCCUUUUGUAAUUGUGUGGCCAACUUGUGUCCUCCGGGGGGGGGUUCCUGUUGGACAAGUUUUGGGGGGUUGAUGGGGAUAGAAGGCAACAUUUGACUUACUGUUUGUUAUUAAAAUGCUAAAUAUAUUGCAAAUUUAAGUUUUUGUCACAGAGUAUGGUAAAGUUGAAGAGAAAAUAUUGGAUUGCUUCUUAAAAGGUAAAAGGAGGAAAAUAACCGAGUCCUUCAGUAAUAUGGCCCCGAGCAUCCCCUGCUCCUUGAGCCCCGCCCGGGUUUUGAGGCCCAGGACUCCCACCACCAACUGCUCGGCAUAUCGGGCAACAACUGGCAUGGCUAAAUUGGCUUUCCCCCCUUUUUUAAUAUGGAAGAAAAUAAUUACCACAGUUUUCAUUUGGUAAUAGUAUUGUGGCCUCAGAUUUCUUCUAGUAGUUGCUUCUGAUGAGUAAUUAUGGUCUAUAUAUAAAAAACUAAGAUUAAGUAUUACUGAAUUUGCAGUUAUGUCGUCGUGUAAAAGAGCUAUUCAAAGUGUGGUUAAAAACGAGACCUGUGGGAAGAUGACUUCAUGUUACUCUCCUGGAUCUCAAGGACCUUUGCUCUGCUGCUUUCCAAAUAUGUAUUCAAUUUAUGCGUUAGUGCGGUGAUUUCAGUUGUGUGAAAUAUUUUGGGAUCUAUGCCAAUUAAAAAUUUCCACAGUUCUGCCUGUUGUCCUUCAGUCAGGAUCCACUGCUGCCUGACGGCCAUUCUCUGCCUUUUUUAUAGUCACCUGAGCGGUUGGACCAUGACCGAUCAUCUCUUGCCUGCUUGAAAUCUUGCUGCAAAUGUCUUCAUUUCCUUGGCAUUUUGCUGUACGGGCUAGGGUGGGGCAUUUUGUUGGCUCUGUUGUGUUUAUUCACCAAUUUGUACAUUAUUUGUUGUCCUUUACUACUGUAAACAGUAAAUAUAGUUUGGUAUUCUGUC